AUGUUUAACGGGGAGCCAGGUCCAGCCUCAUCUGGGGCCUCCAGGAAUGUGGUGGUGCGGAGCUCCAGCAUUAGCGGUGAAAUCUGCGGAUCCCAGCCAGCUGGGGGUGGGACUGGGACCUCCACUGCCAAGAAGAGGCGCAGCAGCCUGGGUGCCAAGAUGGUGGCCAUCGUGGGCCUGACUCAGUGGAGCAAAAGCACACUCCAGCUGCCUCAGCCUGAAGGGGCCACCAAGAAGCUGCGCAGCAACAUCCGGCGGAGCACGGAGACGGGCAUUGCUGUGGAGAUGCGGAGUCGGGUCACGCGCCAGGGCAGCCGGGAGUCCACCGACGGGAGCACCAACAGCAACAGCUCUGACGGCACGUUCAUCUUCCCCACCACCCGGCUGGGGGCUGAAAGCCAGUUCAGUGAUUUCCUAGAUGGGCUAGGACCAGCCCAGAUUGUGGGUCGACAGACACUAGCAACGCCGCCCAUGGGAGAUGUGCACAUCGCCAUAAUGGAUCGGAGCGGCCAGCUGGAGGUGGAAGUGAUUGAAGCUCGGGGACUGACCCCCAAACCAGGCUCCAAAUCCCUCCCAGCCACUUAUAUCAAGGUUUACCUCCUUGAGAAUGGAGCCUGCUUAGCCAAAAAGAAGACAAAGGUGGCCAAGAAGACCUGUGAUCCCCUGUACCAGCAGGCCCUGCUCUUUGAUGAGGGACCCCAGGGCAAGGUGCUACAGGUGAUCGUCUGGGGAGACUAUGGCCGCAUGGACCACAAGUGCUUCAUGGGCAUGGCCCAGAUCAUGCUGGAUGAGCUGGACCUGAGUGCUGUGGUCACCGGCUGGUACAAACUCUUCCCCACCUCUUCAGUGGCAGACUCCACACUCGGAUCCCUCACCAGGCGCCUGUCCCAGUCCUCCCUGGAGAGUGCCACCAGUCCAUCGUGCUCCUAAGGAUGUCAGGAAGAGAGGCUGGGACGGUGGUGUGGGAAGGGGUGCCCACUGGCCCCCCUACCCUGUACAUAGUC